CACCUCAAUAAAUAGAUGCACCAGCUACAGUUAAUUUUUAGAUCAAAUUCGAAGGGCAAGAGUUGCACAAGAGUUUGCAUUUCUGUCCAUUUAUAAAAUAAAUAUGAAACCUGUUACAAGUUUGAGUAUUUUUCUGGUCUUGGUCGCCAUUGCGUGGGGAGCCGACACCGAUAGCGACAGCCAUGAAGAUUCAAAGGCAUCACGAUAUUCACGACCAAAUUACGACCACAUCGACUACUAUGACUGUUCUGGGAAACCUAACGGACAAUACAUUCACCCCAGUGAUUGCACUCGAUUCAUUAUUUGCUCCAACGGAUAUGCAUCUGAUAUGGCGUGUCCAAACUGCGACCUGGCUAAUACCCUCUGCUUCGGAAUCCCAUUUCUUCGUUAUGACGCUUUCAAAGAGAGGUGCGAGUGGCCAAAGAUCACAGAAUGUAUCGUCGAUCCACCUCCAACUGAUACACCCGAAGAAACCGAGGGCACCACGGCAGAAGCGACGACAACUACAAAAAAGACGACCACCACCACAACCGAAGAACCAACGACACAAACCCCUGUCGCCAAUAUUACGAUUUGCCAUGGAAUAACCGCUGGUCUACCAUGUGGAAAAAAUCAAUGUCAGCCAUGCGGAUAUUGCUGGAAUUUGCACUCUUUCUACUUUAGGUGUCAACGUGAUUUCCCCUCUGAUCCAAAGCUGGAUAUUACGGGGGUGUGGGUUCACGAGUCCUGUGACGGUGAUCUCUGGUGGGAUCCUGACCUCAAGCCGAGUUCCGGAGUGGAAGAUGGGUUUGGUGGGGCUUGUAACAAAUGGGAUAAUCUAAGCAACGCUACUCGUGAUGGGUAUCUGGCAGACGAAAAUUGUGUCAUUAUUCCAGAGGUUUGCGAAUGGGGUCAGGAUGAGGAAGAUAAAUGUACAGGGCGCUAUUGGUACUAUGACCCCAAGCAUAUGGAAGAUAGAGAGGAUUUAGAAUGUCCUGAUGGUCUUAAAUGGGACCAGGCUAGUGAAACUUGCAGGAAAUGUGUUGAUGGUUGUGAAUGUUAGGCAUUCUAUCUAACUUACAUAUCUAACCAAAAAUUUAUUUAAAUUAUCUGUAAAUACAGACUGUUAAAAUAUACUGUUAAAUAAAAUAUUCUGUAAAUCAUUGCAUCAAUAUAA